UCAGAGACAUUGGUGGCGAGGAAGAUGGCGGACUGAGCUUUACCGAAAAAGAUUCAGAUUUACCACCUAAAAGCGAUUUAGAUUCUCAAACAUUUAUUUUAUAUUAAGCCCACAAAACAAGGGUUGGAGCGAUGGCGUGUUAUUUAAAGUGAAGAUUGAAGACGUGAUAGAAGAUGGACGACUACUGCUAUGCUAAGAUGGCGACGUCCGCUAAAAGAGAACAUGAAAGAGAAUCAGCGCCACCAACUUCCAGCAAAUCACCAACGGAGAUAAAGACGAAAGAUGAAGACGUCCAGCAGCUGAUUGGUCAUCCUGAAGGACUUCCGCCGCAGCUGCAGGGAGGAAGUUCCACUUUGAAGCAGGAGACUCCACAGCUACUUCACAUUAAAAAGGAAGAGGAGGAACUCUGCAUCACUCAGGAAGGAGAGUGUCUUCAGUGGUCAGAGGAAGGUGAUACCACCAAGUUACCACUGACUGUUGUCUUUGUGAAGACUGAGGAUGAUGAAGAGAAACCACAAGUGGACAACCUCUUAGCUUCACUAUCAGAUAGUGAGGCUGAAGACGAGGUUGAAGUAACUUUGAGUAGCGAUACAGACUGUGAAGGUGAUAUGAGGACUCACACUGACAACAAACACGCCGACUGCUUUAAAAAGAAGAAAUGUAAAACAACUUUGAGCUGUUUAGUUUCUGGUACAAAAUGUUCUAAAAAGAGCAGUUUGACUGAAGACAUGAGAACACACACAGGAGAAAAAACUUUUGAUUGUUCAGAUUGUGGUAAAAGCUUUUGUCACAAGAGCAGUCUGACAGAACAUCUGAGAACACACACGGGAGAAAGACCAUUUUAUUGUUCAGUCUGCGGUAAAAGCUUUUCACACAAGAGCAGUUUGACUCAACACAUGAGAACACACACAGGUGAAAAACCAUAUAAGUGUACGGUUUGCGGUAAGGGCUUUUCUAAAAACAGCACUUUGACUCAACACAUGAGAACGCACACAGGAGAAAGACCGUUUUAUUGUUCACUUUGUGGUAAAAGCUUUUCUCACAAGAGUGGUUUGACUCAACACAUCAGAUCACACGCAGGAGAAAAACAACGCAUUUGUCCAGUUUGCGGCAAAAGCGUUUCUCUAAAUAGUAGUUUGGCUAAACACAUGAGAACGCACACAGGUGAAAGACCAUUUAAUUGCUCAGUAUGUGGUAAAAGCUUUACCCAACGGUGCCAUUUGACUCAACAUAUGAGUACCCACACAGGAGAAAAACAAUUCAAUUGUUUAGUUUGUGGUAAAAACUUUUCACAAAAUAGCAGUUUGACUCAACAUAUGAGAACACACACAGGAGAAAGACCUUUUGAUUGUUCAGUUUGUGGCAACAACUUUUCUCACAAGAGCAGUUUGACUCAACAUAUGAGAACACACACAGGAGAAAAACUAUUUAUCUGUUCAGUUUGCAGUAAAAGCUUUUCUCAAAAGCGAGUAUUGCAUGUACACAUGAGAACACACACAGGAGAAAGACCAUUUAAUUGUUCAGUUUGCUGUAAAAGCUUUUCUCACAGUGGAAAUUUGACUCAACACAUGAGAACACACACUGGAGAAAAACCCUUCACUUGCUCAUUUUGUAGAAAAAGCUUUUCCAACAAACUCAACUUGACUCGACACAAAAUGAAACACGUGGGUUAAAAAUAACACACAUCUGUUUGCAGUAUACGUUAUUCUCAAGGUAGCAUGACAUGUUGUAAAUGUACUCCUCCAAUUCAUAGCGAACGCUUUUUAUCGACACAUUUUGACUGAACACAUUUGUCAUACACCCUGGAGAAAACCCUUUCAGUCGUUCAUUUCGCCGUCAAAGACAUUCUUGAUGAAAUGUCCAAUGAGAACAUACACAGGAAAAACAUGUGUAAAUACUUAGUUUGUCGCACAGAAGACAGAUAAGACACAUAAAAACAUACUCAGAGAAAAACCAUUUUUUUGCUUAGUUUGUGGUAAAACAUUUGAACAGAGACUAGGUUCUAGAUCCUCUUUUGUUCCAAAGUAGUCAUGGUCUCUCUGCCAUGAUUAGUGGCAGCAAACACACAACUCUCUCGAUGCUGUUGUUGAUGAAAGUAGCGUGAGAUUGCAUCAAUCCGCCCAGAUACUAAAUUGCUGAUAGAGGACUUAAAAUAACCGAAAUAGCGUAUUUAUAACAUGUUGUAAUUUUGUCUGUCACUAAUUGUGUAUAAAAUGUUGUUUGUGUUUUGUAGAUAUUUUGAAAUGCUUAUUGGUGGCAUAGUUGACUCCCCAUUACCCUCAUGCUCGGUUUUCAAGCAACGAGUAUCGCCACCCUCGCCCGUCCCCUCUCGCUAUUUGUGUGGAAGAGAGUCCAGCCUCUCUCGAGAGGACCGGUUCCAGACCCCUUGCUGUGCGUUGAAUUAGGUUUGACUAGAUUCAGCCGGAACUUCUCCACCUGGCACUCAAGCUCCUUACCCCCCAGCGAGUUGACAUUCCACGUCCCAAGAGCUAGCUUCUGUGGUCCAGGAUCAGACCUCCGAGGACCCUGCCUUUUGAGUAGUGAGUUCAUUGGAGGCGGGGACCCUCGUUUCCUCUUCAUGGGGCCAGGCGCUUGCCAUUGAGCCUUACCUCUAAGCCUUGCUCCACAAGGGGGCCCGGGUGACCCGCUUUUGGGCGGGAAAAUCUGUCUUUCUCGUAAAUGACUUUGAGUUGCUCUUUUUCUGGUCCCUCACCUAAGACAUGUGACAUGCACACUCCCCUACAACCAUCAGGUGGCAGAACAGAGAGCUUUUUCAUUCAAAAAUGUGUUCUGUAAAAACUAAUGUAAUGUGUUCCAAUAGGAAAAAUGCACAUUAAAAGUUAUAA